AUGAAUGAAACUAGCAAUAUCAGCAGUACUACCACCGGUGGCGUUUGUUCAUCGUGUCUCAAAGAAAUGCCCAUUGUUAUGACAUCAUCGUCAUCAUCCCGACUCUGUUCAAAUUGUCUGACAGAAUUUAUCGAUCCUCAACAACAACAACAACAAACUCAAGUACCGUUUUCUUCCGAUCUAAAUAAUAAAUUCCCAUUAUUUCCAUCGUCAUCAUCGCAACCGUUACUUGGUCUAUCACAGCACCAACAACAACAACAACAACAACCGCAGUCUAUAAUUCAACCUCAUUUCUCUCCAUUAUCAUCAUCAUCUGCUUCUUCAACGUCAUCGAUUUCAUCGACAAAUCGACGUUUCAGUACAUUCGAUCCAUUUACAUCCGGUAAUGAUCUAAAAACUAAUUUUCUUCAUCCGUUUGCCGAUUUAAAUAAUGCCUUUUCGCCAUUAACUUCAUCCAACUUGAAUAACAAUAACGAUUUCGAAUCUACAUCAACUACAACUGAUUUCAUGCGUUAUUUCCAUCAUUUUCUCAAUGGAAACAACCAUAACAAUAAUCUUAUGGAUCGCGAUAGUCCAGCUAGUAGUGUUCAAAGUACUGAUUUCUCCCCUUUACUUGCAUCCAGUCUACCAACUAACAACAAUCAUCUCCCAACUCAAUCAAUAUUACAACGUCAACAUUCAGCGUUCUCAUCCUUGGAUUCAACGACAAGUUCAACACCAUCAUUAAAUCGUCUAUCAACAAAUGAUCUUCCAUCAUCAUUCUGUUGUUUUGCUAACAAUCCUCCAUAUACUUAUUGUCUCGAAUGUGAAACAUCUCUAUGUGAAAAAUGUGCAUUAACACAUCCAAAAAUGCUCGGUUUCAAAGAUCAUCGGCAACAGCUCCUAUCAUCAUCACAAUUUCCAAACACCAAUCCACGAUCGAUUAUCGGUCAACCGCCCAGACAAAAUACUCAACAGCAACAACAACAGCAACCGCCUGAUAUUUUACCAACAAACGCAGUACGUUUACCUCAACAAACAACACCAUUCGAUCUGUCCUUGAGUCGCUCGUCUGUGAAUAACAAUUCAGCAAAUGAUUUUCAAUCAUUAUUCGGUUCAUUCUUCUCUCAAUUAUCACUUAAUACCCCAAAUGCAGGCGAAAACACCAACUCAACUCCUCUAUCGCCCACCAUCUCCGCACCAACAUCAUCUUCAACCAUCUUCUGUUAUGAACAUCCCACUGCCAAAGCAUCCUAUUAUUGUGAUAUGUGUUCACGACCUUACUGUCAUGAAUGUCAAAUUCACCAUGCUCAGCAACAUACAUUAUCAUCAUUACAAGACACAAUUGAUAGUGCUCGACAAUUAACGAAACAAUUUCUAAUUGAAUCGCAAACCCUGUUGUAUCACUUAGAUGAAUCGUUGAAACAAUCGACACGUACCAUAGAAAAUAUCUCGAUCAAAAGCUCGACGAUUGAAAAUGAAAUACGUACAAUGAUUAAGUAUUUUCUUGAUAUACUGUCUCAACGACAAGAUUUCCUAAUAAAAAAUGUCGAUAAAAUACAAACGAUGAAAACGCAAACAUUACAACGGCAAAUCAAUGAACUGAAUCAAGUGAUUAAACAAUUACAUUUAACCAUACUUGAUUGUAAUGAAUGUCUAAAGAAUGGGACGGAUGCUGAUUUAAUUCGUAUACGAACACGUUUGUGGAAUGAAACGAUUAAAAUGAAACAAACGUUACUAUUGUAUCUAAAACCGAUCGAAGAUGAUUACAUACAAUUUCAAGGUUCGCCAACAUUAAUCAACAAAUCGUUGAUCAACUACGGACAAUUAAUGAGCUCAACAUAUCCACCACUAUGUGAAUUGUACGGUGAUUCACUUUACUACACAAUAAGAAAUCGUCUAACAGUUUUAAACCUUCAAACGCGUAAUCAUCUCGGCGAAUUACGUACGACAGGAGGUGAUAAUAUUCAAUGUUGUCUAAUUGAUACAGGCACAAAUCAAACUAUACCAUGUGAUAUCUAUGAUCGUCAAAAUGGUCAAUAUUUUAUAACUUAUAUAACACAAAGUGAUAAUUUGCAUAUUCUGAAUGUCUAUUCUAUAAUUCAACCUCAUUUCUCUCCAUUAUCAUCAUCAUCUGCUUCUUCAACGUCAUCGAUUUCAUCGACAAAUCGACGUUUCAGUACAUUCGAUCCCUUUACAUCCGGUAAUGACCUAAAAAGCAAUUUUCUUCAUCCGUUUGCCGAUUUAAAUAAUGCCUUUUCGCCAUUAACUUCAUCCAACUUGAAUAACAAUAACGAUUUCGAAUCUACAUCAACUACAACUGAUUUCAUGCGUUAUUUUCAUCAUUUUCUCAAUGGAAACAACCAUAACAACAAUCUUAUGGAUCGCGACAGUCCAGCUAGUAGUGUUCAAAGUACUGAUUUCUCCCCUUUACUUGCAUCCAGUCUACCAACUAACAACAAUCAUCUUCCAACUCAAUCGAUACUACAACGUCAACAUUCAGCGUUCUCAUCCUUGGAUUCGACGACAAGUUCAACACCAUCAUUAAAUCGCCUAUCAACAAAUGAUCUUCCAUCAUCAUUCUGUUGUUUUGCUAACAAUCCUCCGUAUACAUAUUGUCUCGAAUGUGAAACAUCUCUAUGUGAAAAAUGUGCAUUAACACAUCCAAAAAUGCUCGGUUUCAAAGAUCAUCGGCAACAACUCCUAUCAUCAUCACAGUUUCCAAACACCAAUCCACGAUCGAUUAUCGGUCAACCGCCCAGACAAAAUACUCAACAGCAACAACAACAACAACAGCAACCACCUGAUAUUUUACCAACAAACGCAGUACGUUUACCUCAACAAACAACACCAUUCGAUCUGUCCUUGAGUCGUUCGUCUGUGAAUAACAAUUCAGCAAAUGAUUUUCAAUCAUUAUUCGGCUCAUUCUUCUCUCAAUUAUCACUUAAUACCCCAAAUGCAGGCGAAAACAUCAACUCGACUCCUCUAUCGCCCACCAUCUCCGCACCAGCAUCGUCUUCAACCAUCUUCUGUUAUGAACAUCCCACUGCCAAAGCAUCCUAUUAUUGUGAUAUGUGUUCACGGCCUUACUGUCAUGAAUGUCAAAUUCACCAUGCUCAGCAACACACAUUAUCAUCAUUACAAGACACAAUUGAUAGUGCUCGACAAUUAACGAAACAAUUUCUUAUUGAAUCACAAACCCUGUUGUAUCACUUAGAUGAAUCAUUGAAACAAUCGACACGUACCAUAGAAAAUAUCUCGAUCAAAAGUUCGACGAUUGAAAAUGAAAUACGUACAAUGAUUAAAUAUUUUCUUGAUAUAUUGUCUCAACGACAAGACUUUCUAAUAAAAAAUGUCGAUAAAAUACAAACGAUGAAAACGCAAACAUUACAACGGCAAAUCAAUGAGCUGAAUCAAGUGAUUAAACAAUUACAUUUAACCAUACUUGAUUGUAAUGAGUGCCUUAAGAAUGGCACGGAUGCUGAUUUAAUUCGUAUACGAACACGUUUGUGGAAUGAAACGAUUAAAAUGAAACAGACAUUACUAUUGUAUCUAAAACCGAUCGAAGAUGAUUACAUACAAUUUCAAGGUUCACCAACAGUAAUCAACAAAUCGUUGAUCAAUUACGGACAAUUAAUGAGUUCAACAUAUCCACCACUAUGUGAAUUGUACGGUGAUUCACUCUACUACACAAUAAGAAAUCGUCUAACAGUUUUGAACCUUCAAACGCGUAAUCAUCUCGGCGAAUUACGUACGGCAGGUGGUGAUAAUAUUCAAUGUUGUCUAAUUGAUACAGGCACAAAUCAAACUAUACCAUGUGAUAUCUAUGAUCGUCAAAAUGGUCAAUAUUUUAUAACUUAUAUAACACAAAGUGAUAAUUUGCAUAUUCUAAAUGUCUAUGUGAACAAUGCUCCGAUCAAGGACAAUCCAUUUCGUAUACAAAUUAAACAAAAUCGUAAUUAUUCGACGAUCGGCUUGAAAUUGGAAUUUGAAAUUGGCGGCGAAGGUGAUCAAGAUGGGAAACUAUGUCGACCAUGGGGUAUAUGUUGUGAUAAUCAGUCGAAUAUCAUCGUUGCUGAUCGAUCAAAUAACCGUAUACAAAUCUUUAAUAAACACGGACAAUUCUUACGAAAGUUCGGUACGCAGGGAAAUCGUCCUGGUCAAUUCGAUCGACCAGCGGGAGUUGCAUUUGACAAACAAUUGAAUCGCAUUGUGGUCACCGAUAAAGAUAAUCAUCGAAUACAAGUGUUUACAUCUACUGGAGAAUAUAUAUUUAAAUUUGGUGAAAAAGGUACAAAACCCGGUCAAUUUAACUAUCCAUGGGAUGUUGCAGUAUCGUCGUCAUCGCAAAUCUUAAUAUCGGAUACGCGCAAUCAUCGUAUACAAUUAUUUUCCAAAGAUGGCUUAUUUUUACGUAAAUAUGGCUUCGAUGGACCCAUUUGGAAACAAUUCGAUUCACCACGUGGUGUAGUCUUUACACAUGCUGGACAUAUAAUUGUCUCGGAUUUUAAUAAUCAUCGAUUAUUGUUCAUAUCCUCGGAUUUUCAAAAUGCUCGAUUUUUAGGAAGCGAAGGUUCAGGUAACGGACAGUUUCUUCGUCCGCAAGGUGUUGAUAUCGAUGCUGAGGGAAAUAUUAUUGUUGCUGAUUCACGAAAUUAUCGUGUGCAAAUCUUCUCCUCACAAGGUGUUUUUAAAACGAAAUUUGGUACACAAGGUUCCGGUCCUUUACAAAUGGAUCGACCAAGUGGUCUAUGUGUUACUCCGGAUGGUCUUAUUCUUGUUGUUGAUUUUGGUAAUAAUCGUAUUCUUGCCUAUUAA